CAUCUUACAGAGUUAAUGUCCUUACGCUUGGACUACAAUGAAAUAAGUAAUUUGAAAAAUGGUGUAUUUGCAAACCUUUCGAAGCUUCAGAAAUUAUCAUUGGAGAGAAAUAAAAUUGAAAACAUCGAGACUGGGGUUUUUAAUAACUUAUCGAGUUUGGAGAUCUUAACCUUGUAUCACAACGAAAUCCAUAAGCUCGAUUUGGAAAUUUUUAAGGGACUUAUAAAACUGGAUACACUGGAUUUAAGCCACAAUCUGAUAAGAAACAUUCCACCUGGGAUAUUCAGUUCAUUAACGUCGUUGAGUCUUUUAACGUUGGACUACAAUGAAAUAAGUAAUUUGAAAAAUGGUGUAUUUGCAAACCUUCCAGAGCUUCAGACAUUAUCAUUGGACAGAAAUAAAAUUGAAAACAUCGAGACUGGGGUUUUUAAUAACUUAAUGAGUUUGGAGUCCUUAUCCUUGGAAAAGAACCAAAUCCAUAAGCUUGAUUUGGAAAUGUUUAAGGGACUUAUAAAACUGAAUACACUGGAUUUAAGUCUCAAUAAGAUAAGAAACAUUCCACCUGGGAUAUUCGAUUCAUUAACGUCGUUGAGUCUUUUGGACUUGAGCAAUAAUAAAAUUGGGGAUAUCGAACCGAAAUUAUUUACCCAUCUUACAGAGUUAAAGACCUUAACGUUGAACUACAAUGAAAUAAGUGAUUUGAAAAAUGGUGUAUUUGCAAACCAUACGAAGCUUCAGAUAUUAUCAUUGGUUGGAAAUAGAAUAGAAAACAUCGAGACUGGGGUAUUUAAUAACUUAACGAGUUUGGAUAUCUUAUCCUUGGAAGAGAACCAGAUCCAUAAGCUUGAUUUGGAAAUGUUUAAGGGACUUAUAAAACUGUCUAAACUGGACUUGAGCUAUAAUAAAGUCAGGGAUAUCAAACCGAAAUUAUUUACCCAUCUUACAGAGUUAAUAAUCUUAAUUAUGGACGGCAAUGAAAUAAGUAAUUUGAUAAAUGGUGUAUUUGCGAACCUUUCGAAGCUUCUGACAUUAUCAUUGGUUGAAAAUAAAAUUGAAAACAUCGAGACUGGGGUUUUUAAUAACUUAAUGAGUUUGGAGUCCUUAUCCUUGGAAAAGAACCAAAUCCAUAAGCUUGAUUUGGAAAUGUUUAAGGGACUUAUAAAACUGAAUACACUGGAUUUACGAUUCAAUUUGAUAAGAAACAUUCCACCUGGGAUAUUCGAUUCUCUAACGUCGUUGAGUAUUUUAAAUCUUGUCCAUAACCCGUUGACGUGCGAUUGCAAUAAUCUGUUGUUUGUAAACGUGCUGAAGAAAAAUUACCCCCAGCUAGAUGUAUUCGGGGGUUACAACCCGUCAUGUCAUUUUCCAGUAGAAAUGAGCGAAAAAUCGUUGAUAGAAUUAACCGAAAACAAUUUUAAUUGCACGUCUCCGGAUGUAAUCGUGGUACCAGAGAACAAGACGGUGUUGGUCGGUGAAGAGUUACAACUCUCGUGCAAAGCCGUAGGAGACCCGGAACCUUUGAUAACGUGGGCCAAAGACGACAUUAAUCUAGAACUUGGCCAAAGAGUUCAGGUAUUUCAAAAUAAUACAUUGAUUAUAUCUAAAGUGGAAAGAACGGACGGCGGUCAAUAUAAGUGCGUGGCGACCAAUUAUCUUGGACGAAAAUCAUUUGAGUCGAUGGUUAAAGUAAACGGUUUGGCGGAAAAUGGAUAAAAUACCAUGUUUGGAGUAAUACUAUUUUUUAUUUUUAUUAUUAUUAUAUUUGUGAUUUGUUUAUCUUAUACAAUCUUUUAUCGUUAUGUUAGUGCCUUGAUUAUUGUGUAAAAUGCAAUAUUGUAAAAUAUAAAAUGAAGUUACCAGAACUUGCAGAACUACAAUAUAUAGUAUAAUAUAUUUUAUUAUUUUCUGUACAAUCGACUGUUUUUAAUUUAUACCAUAAUUUCUAUUGUAAUACGAUAAUUUUAUAGACACUGUACAAUCAUCACUCCUUUCAAACCUGGCAAAACUGCGACUAUUGCUUCAUUAAAUUAUCUUAAGUCUAUUAUACUUUAUUAAAUGUAAUUCGUUAAAUUGUAAUUAUAACUAGUUUUAGUGUAUUAGUGUGUACCGUGUUUAUUAAUGUUAUUUUGCUUCGAUAAUUUAUAUACUUGUUGAGAAAUUAUAUUCUACACCAUUUUAUAAUAUAUGAAGCUAAAUACAUUCAUUCAAUGUAUUAUAA